AUGAGUCAGGGACCCUUAUAUCCACAGUCACGGGGACCCUUAUAUUCACAGUCACGGGGACCCUUAUAUUCACAGUCACGGGGACCCUUAUAUUCACAGUCACGGGACCCUUAUAUUCACAGUCACGGGGACCCUUAUAUUCACAGUCACGGGGACCCUUAUAUCCACAGUCACGGGGACCCUUAUAUCCACAGUCACGGGGACCCUUAUAUUCACAGUCACGGGGACCCUUAUAUUCACAGUCACGGGGACCCUUAUAUUCACAGUCACGGGGACCCUUAUAUCCACAGUCACGGGGACCCUUAUAUUCACAGUCACGGGGACCCUUAUAUUCACAGUCACGGGGACCCUUAUAUCCACAGUCACGGGGACCCUAAUAUCCACAGUCACGGGGACCCUUAUAUUCACAGUCACGGGGACCCUUAUAUCCACAGUCACGGGGACCCUCACAUCUCUCAUGACCCGUGA